AUGAGGUGGACUCUCGCCGCAGUUUACGGUUUGCUACUUGCUGCCACGCUACUGGUUAGCACUGCAGCUGCUGCCAGUAAUCCGCGCAUCGUUAUCGUUGGUGCUGGUGUGGCCGGAGUGACUGCUGCCUCUAGUCUCUACCGUGCUGGAUUAACCAACAUCACGGUUCUGGAGGCCUCACAGCGCAUUGGUGGUCGUAUCCGCACUACUCCUUUUGGUGAUGCCGGACCAGUAGAGCUUGGAGCCCAAUGGUGCCACGGUGAAGGUGGUAAUGUGGCAUACGAGAUGGCUUCCGUCUUUCCGGGACUCCUGAAGACCUCCAUGUUCACCGAGAACGAUUUUCUUGUACAAUCGAACGGUCAAAAGAUACCGGAAGAGAUUUCUGAUCGUCUGUGGGAGUUGGCCCAAUCGAUUGUGGAGUCCACUGAUCGUGACACGAACACCGGCACCUUGGGAGACUUCGUAACAACCCGCUUCCGGUCCAAGAUCCUCACGGAUCCGGAAUACAGUGAUAUUGAUCGACAGGUGGCGGAACAGUUCCUGGUUAGCUUCCACAAUUCGGAACAGGGUCACAAUGCCUACGAUUCCUGGUACGAUGUGGCUGCCUCCACCGACGAUGAUUACGUGGAAACUGAGGGUGAACAAGCGCUCGCCUGGACGGGACGACGAGGCUUCAGCUCUAUCUUGGAUAUCAUCACGGGAAGCUUCCCUGGAUCUACUAAGUCGUUGGUACCGAUCAACCAGUUGACCAGCUUCAACAAGGUAGUCAACAACAUCCGCUGGAAAGGUACCACCGAUGGAUACGUAAAAGUAACGACUGAGGACGGUUCUCUGUACAAUGCGGACCAUGUGAUCGUGACCGUAUCGUUGGGAGUCCUGAAAGCAACCUCCCGUACCAUGUUCACGCCGGCACUGCCAACCAUCAAUCAGAACGCGAUCAAUGGCAUCAACUUUGGAACGGUGAACAAAGUGUUCAUGUUCUUCGAUGCCCCCAUUCCGGCCGGUUUCGGUAAUGUCAUCAAUCUCUUGUGGUUCGAUCGCGAUCUGCAAGCAUUGCGCCAAUCGAAGCAUGCAUGGGCGGAAGCGGUUGGAUUCUUCUAUCGAAUUGAUAGCAAACCGUACGUGCUGUGUGCUUGGUUGAACGGCGCCCAGGGUCGCCAAGCGGAAUUGCUCUCCGAUGCCACCAUUCAGGAAGGUUUGCUCUAUCUGCUCAGUCUCUUUGGCCGUAACUACAAAUUCGGAAAUGUGCAAAGCAUCUUGAGGUCUAAGUGGUCCUCGGAUCGGUUUAUCCGUGGAUCCUAUUCCAGCCGCUCCAUCACAACGGAACGGCUCGAAACGGGUCCCAACAAUCUGGCCAGACCGCUUCGGGAUGCUGCAAAUGAGCCGCAGGUUAUGUUCGCUGGUGAAGCAACCAGUUCCGCGCACUAUUCAACGGUACAUGGAGCUAUCGAGACGGCACAGCGAGAAGCUACUCGCCUGAUCAACCUGUAUCAUGCAGCUGCUGCCAGUAAUCCGCGCAUCGUUAUCGUUGGUGCUGGUGUGGCCGGAGUGACUGCUGCCUCUAGUCUCUACCGUGCUGGACUAACCAACAUCACCGUUCUGGAGGCCUCACAACGCAUCGGUGGCCGUAUCCGCACUUCUGCUUUUGGUGGCGCCGGACCAGUGGAGCUUGGAGCCCAAUGGUGCCACGGUGAAGGUGGUAACGUGGCAUACGAGAUGGCUUCCGUCUUUCCGGGACUCCUGAAGACCUCCAUGUUCACCGAGAACGAUUUUCUUGUACAAUCGAACGGUCAAAAGAUACCGGAAGAGAUUUCCGAUCGUCUGUGGGAGUUGGCCCAAUCGAUUGUGGAGUCCACUGAUCGUGACACGAACACCGGCACCUUGGGAGACUUCGUAACAACCCGUUUUCGGUCCAAGAUCCUCACGGAUCCUGAAUACAGCGAUAUUAAUCGACAGGUGGCCGAACAGUUCCUGGUUAGCUUCCACAACUCCGAACGGGGUCACUAUGCGUACGAUUCCUGGUACGAUGUGGCUGCCUCCACCGACGAUGAUUACGUGGAGACUGAGGGUGAACAAGCGCUCGCCUGGACGGGACGACGAGGCUUCAGCUCUAUCUUGGAUAUCAUCACGGGAAGCUUCCCUGGAUCUACUAAGUCGUUGGUACCGAUCAACCAGUUGACCAGCUUCAACAAGGUAGUCAACAACAUCCGCUGGAAAGGUACCACCGAUGGAUACGUAAAAGUAACGACUGAGGAUGGUUCUCUGUACAAUGCGGACCAUGUGAUCGUGACCGUAUCGUUGGGAGUCCUGAAAGCAACCUCCCGUACCAUGUUCACGCCGGCACUGCCAACCAUCAAUCAGAACGCGAUCAAUGGCAUCAACUUUGGAACGGUGAACAAAGUGUUCAUGUUCUUCGAUGCCCCCAUUCCGGCCGGUUUCGGUAAUGUCAUCAAUCUCUUGUGGUUCGAUCGCGAUCUGCAAGCAUUGCGCCAAUCGAAGCAUGCAUGGGCGGAAGCGGUUGGAUUCUUCUAUCGAAUUGAUAGCAAACCGUACGUGCUGUGUGCUUGGUUGAAUGGCGCCCAGGGUCGCCAAGCGGAAUUGCUCUCCGAUGCCACCAUUCAGGAAGGUUUGCUCUAUCUGCUCAGUCUCUUUGGCCGUAACUACAAAUUCGGAAAUGUGCAAAGCAUCUUGAGGUCCAAGUGGUCCUCGGAUCGGUUUAUCCGUGGAUCCUAUUCCAGCCGCUCCUUCACAACGGAACGGCUCGAAACGGGUCCCAACAAUCUGGCCAGACCGCUUCGGGAUGCUGCAAAUGAGCCGCAGGUUAUGUUCGCUGGUGAAGCAACCAGUUCCGCGCACUAUUCAACGGUACAUGGAGCUAUCGAGACGGCAAAGCGCGAAGCUACUCGCCUGAUCAACCUGUAUAAAUGAUGAAAAGACCCUAAUGAAACGAAAAUUGGAAUAAAUCGGCUUCAUUUACUCUCGC